AUGGCAGCAGGAGAUGAUGUACCCCCUCGCUUGGAAUGCCUCAUAGCCGAGGUGGUGAAUCGUGAAGUCGUGGUCGUGCGGCGUCUCUUGUGCCUGACGAGCGACUCGCCAUCGCCGGAAGACUUCGAGCCUCCGGCCUGGGUGGCAGGUUGUGCUACGGAGGGGAGUGAAUUUCCCACCACCUCUAUGCUGGUCGUACGACCGGUGUUGCCUUCGCCCACGCUCUAUGGUUUUAUCUAUGCUGGACCUUCAGGCCACUUUCUCCAUAUACUUAUGGAAACAAAUUUUAAGGGAAAGAAAGGAAAGGAAACUGUUGCCAAAAAGGUAAUUUUGGAACAACUAACGGCCUCACUGUGGAAUAACAUGUUUUUUAUGGCAUACUAUGGAUUAGUUGUUGAAGGUUUGCAUUCUAUGACCUUCCCUAUGUGA